GUAGCCUUAGCCCAGUGUAAGACCAGCAUGUCACUGCAGAGGAUCGUGCGUGUGUCCCUGGAGCAUCCCACCAGCGUUGUGUGCGUGGCUGGAGUGGAGACCCUUGUGGACAUUUAUGGGUCGGUUCCCGAGGGCACGGAGAUGUUCGAGGUCUACGGGACCCCUGGUGUGGACAUCUACGUCUCUCCCAGCGUGGAGAGACGCCGGGAGCGUGCAGACACCAGGCGCUGGCACUUCGAUGCGGGGCAGGAGAUCAUCGUGGUCAUGAACUCCCCCAGCAACCACCUGGACGACAGUCAUGUUCAGAUUUCUUAUCACUCUAGUCAUGAGCCUUUGCCCCUGGCCUACGCGGUGCUCUACCUCACCUGCAUUGACAUGGCUCUGGAGUGUGACCUGAACUAUGAGGGCAGGGAGGACAGGUGCUUCGUGGACAAGCGGCAGUGGGUCUGGGGCCCUGGUGGGUAUGGAGCUGUCCUGCUGGUGAACUGUGACCGUGACGAUCAGAGCUGUGAUGACCGGGACAACUGUGACCAGCACGUGCGCUGCCUGCAAGGUCCUGAGGACUCAUGUGAGGCCUACAGGCACGUGCUGGGCCAGGACAAGGUGUCAUAUGAGGUUCCCCGCUUCCAUGGGGACGAGGAGCGCUUCUUCGUGGAAGGCCUCUCCUUCCCCGACGCAGGCUUCACCGGGCUCGUCUCCUUCCAUGUCACCCUGCUGGACGGCUCCAAUGAGGAUUUCUCCGAGUCCCCCAUCUUCACCGACACCGUGGUGUUCCGCGUGGCACCCUGGAUCAUGACACCCAGCAUCCUGCCACCCCUGGAGGUGUACGUGUGCCGUGUGAGGAACAACCAGUGCUUUGUGGAUGCAGUGGCCGAGCUGGCCGAGAAGGCAGGCUGCAAGCUGACCAUCUGCCCGCAGGUGGAAAACCGCAACGACCGCUGGAUCCAGGACGAGAUGGAGCUGGGCUAUGUCCAGGCACCGCACAAGACCUUCCCCGUGGUCUUUGACUCGCCACGGAAUGGGGAGCUGCAGGACUUCCCUUACAGAAGAAUCCUGGGUCCAGAUUUUGGUUAUGUGACUCGGGAACCACGAGACAGGUCUGUGAGCGGCCUGGACUCCUUCGGGAACCUGGAGGUCAGCCCCCCGGUGGUGGCCAACGGCAAAGAGUACCCCCUGGGGAGGAUCCUCAUUGGGGGCAACCUGCCUGGGUCGAGAGGCCGCAGAGUCACGCAAGUGGUGCGGGACUUCCUCCAUGCCCAGAAGGUGCAACCCCUGGUGGAGCUCUUCGUGGACUGGCUGGCCGUGGGCCACGUGGAUGAGUUUCUGACCUUCGUCCCUGCCCCUGAUAGGAAGGGCUUCCGGAUGCUCCUGGCCAGCCCUGGCGCCUGCUUCAAGCUCUUCCAGGAAAAGCAGAAAUGGGGCCACGGCAAGGCCCUCCUAUUUGAAGGGGUUGUCGGUGACGAGCGAGUAACGACCAUCUCCAUUAACCAAGUCCUCUCCAACAAAAACCUCAUCAGCUAUAAUAAGUUUGUGCAGGGCUGCAUCGACUGGAACCGCGAGGUGCUGAAGCGGGAGCUGGGCCUGGCUGACCGCGACAUCAUCGACGUCCCCCAGCUCUUCAAGUCCGAGAGGAAAAAGGCAGUGGCCUUCUUCCCGGACUUGGUGAACAUGCUGGUGCUGGGCACGCACCUGGGCAUCCCCAAGCCCUUCGGGCCCAUCAUCAACGGCCGCUGCUGCCUGGAGGAGCAGGUGCGCUCCCUGCUGGAGCCGCUGGGCCUCCACUGCACCUUCAUCGACGACUUCACCCCGUACCACAUGCUGCACGGGGAGGUGCACUGUGGCACCAACGUGCGCCGGCAGCCCUUCGCCUUCAAGUGGUGGAACAUGGUGCCCUGAGCCCGCUCCCGCCCGCCAUCGUCCCCUCGGGGUGGGACCUCGGCCUGGGUGAUGGAGACUGAAACCAACCCCGGAACCGUAGGCUUCCAGAAACUCCAAGGUCCCUGAUGGAACACUGAGGGUGACCUGCUCCUCUUGGAAGCCUUUUUCCUAGAAGUGUCCACACCUCACCUGCAACCUACUUGGUUCUCAGACUCGAAUCUCCUUGGCCUCCCAAAGAAAAGGACUUCAGUUCUCAUGGCUUUACAUGUGGGUCAACAUGACCCAUGACCCAUGGACACACCACCAAAACCCCCUUCAGACGACUCCACCAAGUCCUCUAUUAGAGAGCAAGCUCACUCGGGCCAGGGACACGCGUGCCUCCCACCAGCCUCGGUCUGUGUGUCCCAGCAGAGGAAGGACCCGGAUUCGGCUUUGGUCUGAUCGUCUCCUCUUCUGUGGAGAGCACUCCACAUGGAACAGCAGAGGUUCUGCCUCACCCACGGGGAGUCCGUUUAGGUCAAGGUGGGCCAUCAUUCCCGCUGCCCAGCUCCUGGCCAGAUGUUGAACUCUGCACUCCCACCCAGCACCACACAUGAGCUUUUCCACAGCAGGGGCUUCUAGUUGCUGACAGGUGGCAGUGAUUGCCUGUGAGCUCCCCACCGCCCAGCAUUCGGCAGUCCUCCCAGAACUUCUUAGAGAUGAAAGUGUCUGGGCGAGUGUUGGGCAUUGGGACGACUAGGUGUAAGGACGAAUAGUGUCUUCCGUGAUGCACAAGUGCUGUCCCCGGUGAUCCUAUCUCUGGUGAAGGAGGCUCUGCUGGCCCUGGGACUCUCUUUCCAGAGAAGCUACCCCUGCUGAGUGGGUCUUAAGCCUUCUGUUGACCUCUGGUCAGCAUGUCCACAUCCUCUCCUGCAGGAGAGGGGGUCCAGUGAAGCCAGACCACCGAGUCAGCUGCAAGUGGAACAACUUUGGGAGCGAACCAUUUUGAAUGCAGGGGGGUGGGGAAUGAGUUCAUUUUCUCAAGCUGUGUGUUCUGAUGGGCCCAGCUAUAUUUCUGUGAUUGACUAAUA